UAGCAACGCAUUUCCUCACGACGUCCCUUAAUUGCAUCGAAAUACGUCGCUUAAAUCGACAGACCAUCUGCAACAAAAGGAUGGAAACCUGAAACGAUGCGACUUUACAUAAACAGAAGGAAGGAAGGGCUUCCCGUACUUUUCAAGGUCAGCCUAGCGUGUUAAAUAUGUAAUAUGUAACAACUGGGUCUAAGAGUUCCUCGCCGGGACCACCACAUGGUCGUACCGUCGAAGCACGGUAACAUUCCCAGUACUACGAUAGGAAGCCAACAGAUAACAAGGAAGAGAGACGGCCGAGUAACGUCAUCCCACUAACUUCGCAGAACUUCCCAAAGGAGAAAGACUAACUUCUGAAAAGGGUCGCCAUGGGUGUAGCCACCUUCCUAGUGGCUGUCUUGGUGGGGAUCCUGCUCCUGUCUGCAAGCGCUUCCUGGCCGCCUACUCCAGGACCUCGUAUAGGCGGAGGCCAUAAAAUAUCCCAAGCAACUGUGAACCCACCUGUCCCAGGUGAAGACAAGACCUACUGGCGAGAAGAAGCCCAAGAGACGCUAAGGAGGCAGCUGAACCUGACGAACACCGUCAGGAAGGCCAAGAACAUCAUUUUCUUCCUGGGGGACGGCAUGGGCGUGGGCACCAUCACGGCGGCCAGGAUCCUCAAAGGGAGCCAGACAGGAAGGUGGGAGCGCGAGUCCCUCUCGUGGGAGGAUUUUCCACACUCGGCUCAUAUCAAGACAUACAACACAAACAGCCAGGUAGUUGACAGCGCAUCGAGUGCAACUGCUUUCCUGUGUGGAGUGAAGGGUAACCUAUGGACCGUGGGCGUUGAUGCCAAUGUUCUCCAGGUCAAUUGCACAGACGCUCUGAACGAAACUUUCCAUACUGACUCCAUAGCUAAGUGGUUCCAGGAUGCUGGGAGGUCAGCCGGCUUCGUCACUACCACCCGCGUGACCCAUGCCACACCAGCUGGGGCAUAUGCCCACUCCGCUAACAGAGGGUGGGAGGACGAUGCUAUUAUGGUCAAAACAGGGCAAGACCCAGACGUGUGCGACGACAUAGCAGAGCAGCUAAUCCUCAAGGAUCCUGGCAACAAAUUCAAGGUCAUCAUGGGCGGCGGGCGGCAACGCCUCCUCCCACAGAGUGUCAUAGACGUGGAAGAGGGCGUGGGUGGGUACAGGCUCGACGGGAAGGACCUCAUAAGCAUGUGGAAGAGCGACAAGGACUCUAAAGGAGUCAGUUCAGCCUACGUCUGGAACAGAGAGGACCUGCUUGCUCUAGACACCGCCAACACCGAUUACCUUCUAGGGUUGUUCGCUUAUUCCCACAUGGACUACCUAUUAGAUCGAAACCCAAAGAUGGAUCCAUCCUUGCCGGAAAUGACGAAAGCGGCCAUAGAGGUCCUUCGGCGAGAUGAAAAUGGCUACUUUUUAAUGGUAGAAGGAGGACGAAUUGACCAGGCUCACCAUGAGAACAAGGCCCGCAAGGCGCUGACGGAGACGCUCGAGUUCGACGAGGCCGUGCAGAUGGCGCUGGCGAUGACGGAUCCCCUGGACACCCUUAUCAUCGUUACGGUUGAUCAUGCCCAGCCGCUAACCAUCAACGGGUAUCCUAACAGACACAACGACAUCUUGGGAGUUGGUGACGUAAGCGGAGUGGAUAACAUCCCGUACACAGCCUUACUAUAUGGCAAUGGACCUGGGUAUGACGUUACUGAGGAGGGCAAACGGCCCGAUCCAUCAAAACUCAAUCUAACGGACUCAAACUACCGCCAGACCGCAGCCAUUCCCCAGAGCUCUUCCUACCACUCUGGAGAGGACGUAGGCCUAUGGGUGACGGGUCCCCAUUCGCACCUCUUUACAGGCGUCUACGAACAGAACUACAUAGCUCACGCCCUUGCCUACGCAGCCUGUGUCGGGGAAGGCCUAACUUUCUGCGACGAACGGAAAUCAAAUGGCACGGAGGGCAGGGAACCGUGAAUUUUUAUACAGCCUCACGGGAAAGUUUUGCUGUGUGUGUGUGUGAGACUACUCUGAGCUCGUUCUGACUUUAUUUGCAAGAGCCUUUAUUUAUUGUCAAAUGGGAGCAGAAUGUCCACUAUCAAAAAAUUUGAAGCUUUAAUCAAUAAUAAAAAAAAACUUUCCCUUAU